AUGUACGUUUAUCACCACACUUCAGGUAAAGGUUUUGCCCUGAGGCGGAAGGAGAAAGUGCAGCAUGAGUACAACAAACUUCUACGGAAGGAGAAGAAGAAGAAAAUGAACCCACAGACAGCAUCGCUGUACGCUGAGGCGUACCCUGAACACCUCAAACAUUUAUACAUGGCCGAGGAAGAGAAGCUGAAGAGCGAAGCGUGGACGAACCGAGUGAACAGGUCCAAGCUGAGAAUAACCGGACAGGGCAGGAAGGCAGAGACACAGUACGACGCUACACAAGCACCAGAACCUGUAACAGCUCCUGAUCCAGAAGCCACGUCUGAGGCGGAAAGUAGCGCUAUUGAGACGUCAACACCAGCACCACAAAUCCUUCCCAUGAGCAACCGCAUGAAGAAGAAGAUGCUGAAGACGACGUCCUUACAGAGGUCCAAAGAAGAGUACGAAAAAGUCAAGGAGAAACGAAGGAAAAAGAAAGAGGAGUACCUCGUGAGCAAGCAGCGGCGAGAGGAGGCCAUCCGCAUGUACAAACAGAGGAAGAUGGAGAAGUUUCAGAUGCUGUGCAAAAAGACCAAGAAGGGACAACCGAACCUCAACCUUCAGAUGGACUACUUGCUUCAGAAGAUACAGAAAAACUGA